GCUGCCUCUAAGUGUGCUGCUGAGCUGCACAGCGCUUCCAGCCCUGGCACUGCUGCGCAGGAGGGAAGCAGGGGAGGUUUGUGCCACUCUCACUGAAAAUCUCUCUCCUUCCAGGCUCGCCCUAUGAGUGCUUUCCCAAUGGCAAGACAUCAAAGCAAAGAAUCCCAGCUGAGCGUGAUGCUCGUGGGGAAGACGGGGAGUGGGAAGAGUGCGACAGGGAACACCAUCCUUGGGAAGGAGGCAUUUCAUUCUACACUGUCAGCACAGUCGGUAACCCAAGAGUAUGAGAAAGCUGAAGGCCUCUGUGCUGGAAGACCAAUUGAAGUUGUUGACACUCCUGGCCUAUUUGAUACAAGGGAGGCCAAUGAAAAAACAGCUGAAAAGAUUAAGAAUGCCUUUCAGUACCUCUAUGCAGGGGUCCAUGCCAUCAUCCUGGUGAUGCAGCUGGGCCGAAUAACUCAGGAAGAGCAGGAAGUGGCUGAGUGGGUGACCAAGAUUUUCCAUACUAAAGCACAGAAGUACACAAUCCUGUUAUUCACCCGAGCAGAAGAGCUGCAGAACCCGGAAGACCUGAAGGGUUUCAUAGAAGGGAGCCCAUACCUCAAGGGGCUGGCAGCCAAGUGUGGAAAUCGGUACAUCGGUUUCAGCAACAGAGCCACCGGGGAGGCGAGGGAUCGGCAGGUUGCAAAGCUCAUCAACAUGAUUGAUGCCAUGGUAGAGAAGAAUCGUCGUGCUCCACAUUACACGCGAGAGAUGCUGGAGAAAGACACACGGACCUUCUUUGAAAAGUUUUGUACCAUCCUGUAGGCAGCGAGGGGUUCGGACUGGGAGGCGACGUCUCCCCCGCAGUGCCGUCCCUGCUGUGCUCUCCUUCCUCGCUUGCAGUUCCCAUCCUUCCCCCCACGCCCUGCGCUUUCCCCCGCCCUGCGUGGCCGCUUUCCCCACGGGCUGCAGGCGCUCCACGUGUGCGCGCUGCUGCGGCGCCCCGC